UACUGCUGACCGGGUCAAGCGGCCGCCGGGAGCUGAAGUGUUCUCGGUAAAAAAAAGUGACAAAAAGUAAAAUGAAAUAGAUUCUUGAGAUAAAAGCUGGAUUUAUGAGAUAAAGGCUGGAUUUAUGAGAUAAAGGCUGGAUUUAUGAGAGAGAAGCUGCAGUGUUAUCAAGCGAAGCCCACAAUUAUCUUAAACACUGAUCUGUUGGGCUGAGCGGAGCGGAGCGUUAUCGCUGAGGUCCGUUUUUGCUAGAGUUUAAAUUGGACCUUUCCACGUGGGAUGGCGAGACUCCCUGGACAAGCGCUGUGGAUAACAUCACUGAUCUGCCCCUUCCUUUUGUUGUUGCUGAACUUCAGAGCGGACACCGCUGCUCCACUGCUGUACAGAUUCCCAUUAUUAUAAAACACAAUGGCCUACAUCACUUCCCAGCAUGCAUCCAACCAUGCUGCUUUCAGGAGUGUGUGUAUGUGUGUUUGUGUGUGUGUGGGGGGGCUGGGUCAAGGAAAAGUCCUCUAUACCAUUUAGUGGCCUAAAUUGAAACAAAGAACAUCCACAUUAAGUUAGCUUUUCCAUCAACAAUUGACAGGUAAAAGGUAUGAUACAUUUAAAACAGUACACCUGUAAAAUAAGCAGUAAAUGAUGAAACCCCACAGCAUGCAGGUUUAUGUACUGAAUCCUGUUAGUAAUACUGUAAUAAGACGAUUCUCACUACAGUAAUUAAUGUGUCUGAUCACACCCUUCACCUGCUGGCUGCGUGACAGACCUUCCACACAAACAGUGAAAAAACACGAGCGCACAUUCCUGCAGGUGACUUACACAAUUCACUGCGGUUAUGAGGUAUGAAGGCAUGUUUGUUGAAGCUGCUGAUGUGACCUGACGCUUGUUGGCAGAGAUCCUCCAAAACGGUUGAAACCUCGCGGUAAGCUGAUAUUCAAGAAAGAACAAACACAGAAGAACAGACAAUAACAGCGCCGCAGCCAGCGAAUCACAGCACAGCACUACACGUAUCGUACAGGCCUGAGGUAGUAUACCCAACACAUACCCCACACAAUCACGAACUCAAUGCAUAUCCUACACAGACUAAUCAUGUUCCCAACGCAUAUCCUGCACAUACCCAACACAUACCCUACACAAUCAGAUACACUAUACAGACCCAACACAUACCCUCCACACCCCAAAUCACGUACCCAGCUCAUAUCAUACCCACAUGUGUAUUCUGUGUCCAAUUGGUCUGCCAGUUCUGCACAUAUUUAGAAAUUCAUGUACUGCUUAUGUGAGGUGCAGAACACACAAUAAACACUAGGAGCAGUGCAUGAAUUCAGCCGCACAAAAAUAGCUAAAGGGCUACACACACUGGAGCUUAAUAUUAUGGCAGCAGCGCUAAAACAUUUUAUAUUGUUCUGUGCGAAGGGAAAACAAAUCAAUAAAAAAGUGACCAAACAUGAACUACAAGGACACGUCUGUGAGAAUUCUGUUUGUGGACUAAAGAUCAGCAUUAAACACACGUCCAGCUCCAAGAUCUGGGUCAGAACCACUCUGUGCAGCUGGAUCCUGAUCCUGAUGGUCCGACACCCUCUUCACUGACCCUCAACUCCGGAGCUCCUCAGGGUUGUAAACUCAGCCCACUCCUCCUCUCUCUGUACACCUAUGAUCUCAUCAUCAAGUUCCCUGAUGGGUCUGAUCACCAACAAGGAUUAUUCAACAGCCAACAGAGAGGAGCUUAACAUCCUGACGAACUGGUGCUGGAGAACAUCCUCUCCCUGAACAUCACCAAGACCAUGAAGCUGAUGGUGAAAUUCAGGUAGCAGAAGAGAGUGCACAGAAAGUCCUAAAGAGAGGACCGGCUCCCAAACCGGCCAAACCUGUACACCUGAACUAGGCUUCUGUCACCAUCUAGUGGCAGAACAUAGCCAGUGGAAAAGUGACGGAUCAAAACUGCCUAGCUGAAAAAAGGACAACUCAUACUGGUCAAACUGGUUAGGUUGUUUGACCUAUUUAGCUCUUGGUUUAUUUGAGUGUGGGUUUUAAUGGUUUAGCUGACCAAGUUAAACAACCAGUACAAGCAUGCAUGACCAAGCUGGUUAUCCCAGCUAAAAGUAUCAUACACUGUGCUGAUGAGGACGUGGUUAAACUGCUGGAUUACCGGUAAAGAUUAUGUUUUCAACCACCUUUAACCAUCUAAGCCUGAUUUAGGCCAUAUAAACUGGUGUUAUGGUGGAAUAUUUCCACUGGUUGGAUUGAUUCGGCUGCAGUGCGUACUGUUUAGAUUUUGCCUCUAGAUGGAGACAGAAGUCUAGUUCAGAUGUACAGAUUUGUCAGGUGAGCGAUAAAAUAGUACACAGUAAAAUCAUCACAAUAUUCACAAUAUUUUAUGGUAUUUUCGUGAUAAUGAAACUCUUGGUGAUAUGACAAAACACUGAAUUUAAAAAAUAUUUCAAGAAUACACUACUGCAACAAAAUAAAAAUUAAUACGAUAUAAAAAAUACAAGAAUUUUAUCAGAUUUGUAACAGAAUCAAUGAUCCAGAAUUAUUAGUCCUGAUACUAAUAAUAAUAACACACUUCAAAUAUCUCCAUAUAUCCAGGAUUAAAGUAAAAAUAAAUGAUACUGGACAGAUGCAAUCUGUCUCUAUUAGAUAUAUGAUGGGAAAUGAGAACAGUGUGAAUUUUUCUUUUGAUAAAAACAGUAAAAAAGUAGAACCUUGAUGUAAUAAUUAGGGGUGGGUGAUAUGGCUCCAUAUUUUAGGAUAUAAUAUUGUUCACCAUAUUAAACAUUUUUGGCAAUAUUAUUGGGUACAAUACGAUGUAAGGGGAAGCAAAAACAGCAUGGCAUGAAUAUGAAUGAUCUCAUUAGCAGAGCGGUUUGUCUGGAAGCUCAACAGCUCAGGCUCCAACAGCCUCAUCAGGACCCAACCAGGGCAGAUUCCCCUCAUAAGGAGUUUUCCACUAAUUACAUUUGUUACAUUGACAUUUUCCUAGUGUUGGUUCUGUCUCUUUCUCACACGCUUCGGUCGAGGGCCCACUUUUUGCUGGUAUUAUUAAAUGUGCUUUAAUCCAUUAGUAUAAAUACAUGCUCCAGACACUGAGCCUCAUUUAGUAAUCAUCUCAGAGUAACGAUCUAAGAUCAGCUCUCAUCAGCUGUUUAAUAUUCAGUAAGAUAACUGAUGCUGGAUCAGUGUUUUUAUUCCAUGAGGUUGAUUCUCUUUCUCACACUUUAACAGUUCUUUGAUGAAUUGUAAGGGUUGUACUGACUUUUGUUGGAUAGUCUCUGUAGGAGAGAGAAGUAAGAGGGGAAAAAGAGAGAGAAGUGGAGAGGCAGAGAGAGAAGGAGAGAGAGAGUGUUUGUGCUGAGUGUGGUUUGGGUCUGAAGCAGAGUUUUUCUCUGUGCUGCAUAAAGACACUCUUUCAUCCCCCCCCCCAAGUGUGUGUGUGUGUGUGUGGGUGACUCGGCGGGCUCUGAAGGAAAAGCAGUAGUAGUGCAGGAGGAGAAGUGUGAGUUCAGUGGAACAGCAGAUCCUGAAGGAGUCAGACCACCUCGACCUCCAGCAGCCCACUAGAGUCCAGUUCAGCAUUUAACGGGACCUAAACCAGAACCUCCUGACCCGACAGGUGCUGCGCUCCUCACCACCCGGUUCCCCACUACCCAGUUCUUUUCACCAACUAGAUGGAGAUCAACAAGGCUGCGUGAACAUGUGGAGGCUGUAGGAUCUGUUGAACCGCUGCUCAUUAUGUCCACACCCCGACCUGCUGACCACUGAGCGGAGAACCUGACCAGACAGAAGAACCAGAUACAAAAACCAGGAACACUGUUUCAAAAACAAGAAACAAAUGGAGAUUAGAACACACCUGCUGCUGCUGGAGCUGACCAUCAUUCUGAACGGACUGUCUGAAUGUUUUAACAUCGACGUGAAGCAGCCGCGUAUCUUCACCGGCCCGGAGGACGCUCUCUUCGGGUUCUCGGUUCUUCAGCACGAGAUGGGUGGAGAGAAACUGAUGCUGGUUGGUGCUCCAUGGGAUGGCCCACCCAAUAACAGGAAGGGAGAUAUCUACAAGUGCAUUGUGGGAGAUGAGCUGAAUUCUAACUGCUCUAAGGUCAAUAUGGCUGAUAAUGCCUUCCAGAACGUGUCCAGGAACCUGAAGAACUCCCACCUGGGAAUGACGCUCACUCCGGAUGAUCCGAACGGAUUUCUGGCCUGCGCCCCCCUGUGGUCUCAGGAGUGCGGGACGUCGGUCUUCAGUACCGGGAUCUGUGCGUCUGUCAACAACGAACUACAGCCCAGAGAGACGAUCGCCCCCACCGCCCAGAGGUGCACCACCUACAUGGAUAUAGUGAUCGUUCUAGACGGGUCGAACAGUAUCUACCCCUGGUACGAGGUGCAGAACUUCCUCAGCAACAUCCUCAGCAAGUUCCACAUCAGUCCGGAGCAGAUGCAGGUGGGGAUCCUGCAGUACGGGGAGAUCUCAGUACAUGAGUGGUCUCUGAAGGACUAUCAGUCGACGCAGGACGUUGUUGAAGCUGCCAAGAACAUCAGCCGUCAGGAGGGACGCGAGACCCGCACAGCAUACGCCAUCCACAUGGCCUGCACGGAGGCGUUCAGUGCUGAGAGAGGGGCGAGAGACGGAGCCACGAAGGUGAUGAUCGUGGUGACGGACGGAGAGUCACAUGAUGGGGAGGAGCUUCCUGAAGCCCUGAUUGAGUGUGAGAAACGUAACAUCACCAGAUAUGCCAUUGCCGUUCUAGGUCAUUAUAUCCGCAGGCAGCAGGAUCCUGAGACCUUCAUUAAUGAGAUAAAAUACAUCGCCAGCGACCCGGACGAGAAGUACUUCUUUAAUGUAACGGAUGAAGCAGCGCUAAAUGACAUCGUAGACGCACUGGGGGAUCGCAUCUUCAGUCUGGAGGGAACUCUGGGAUAUAAUGAAAGUGCCUUUGAAAUGGAGAUGUCACAAAUUGGCUUUUCAACACAUAUGUUAGAUGACGGGAUCCUGUUUGGGAUGGUGGGAGCAUACGACUGGGAGGGAGGAGUGCUGAAGGAAAGUAGUGAUGGGAGGAUCAUGCCUCCUCGAGAAGCUUUUGAGAAGGAAUUUCCUUUGGAGCUAAAGAACCACGCAGCUUACCUGGGUUACACCGUGUCCUCUGUGAUUGUGGGGGAUUGGAGGAGGCUGUACGUGGCCGGCGCUCCCCGGUUUAAACACAAAGGAAAGGUGAUUCUGUUUGAUCUCAGCCCGUAUGGAGACGUCACCAUCACACAGGCCUUCAAUGGUGAACAGAUUGGCUCGUAUUUCGGAAGCGAGGUUUGUGCGGUGGACGUGGAUCAGGACGGUAUAACGGAUAUCCUCCUCAUCGCUGCCCCCAUGUUCCUGGGAGCCGGAAACAAGGAGACGGGGAAGGUUUACAUCUACUGUCUGGAUGGGGACGGGUUCACACCUAACGGGACGCUGCAGACCCAGCCCAGAGCCCAGGACGCUCGGUUCGGUUACGCCAUGGCUGUGGCUCCAGAUCUUAAUCACGACAGUUACGCCGACCUUCUGGUGGGAGCACCGCUGGAGGAUGACCAUCAGGGGGCGCUAUACAUCUACCACGGCGAUGAAUUCUAUAUAAUACCCCAGUAUAAACAGCGUGUCUCUGGCUCCUCCCUCUCUGCAGGGCUGCAGUAUUUCGGCCGCAGUCUGAGCGCUCUGAUGGAUAUGGACGGUGAUGAGCUGCUGGACUUGGCUGUAGGAGCUCAGGGCAGCGCCGUCCUCCUCAGGUCUCGGAGUAUAGUUCAGAUUAACGUCAGCCUGUCCUUCCAGCCGCACUCCAUCAACGUCAUCCAGAAGAACUGCCAGCGGGGCGGUCGGGACUCCGCCUGCCUCACCGCCUCCGCCUGUUUCUUCGCCAACAGCCGCUCUCCCGGAGCCUACGGCACGCAGUUCGACCUGCAGGUCGGUGCCAUGCUGGACGACCGGAAGCUUUCUGUACGCGCUCUGUUCGACUCCAACUCCCAGAGACAGACCGUAACCGGCGUCACGGUUAAAGUGGGCGAGACGCUCUGCCACACCCUGCCCUUCUACGUCUUCGACACUGCGGACUACAUCCGACCAAUCAGCUUCUCUCUUCGCUUCAAAAUCAACGACACUGAAAGUGGACCCGUACUCGACGAAGGAUGGCCGACCACAGUGAAGAAAACUAUCCCCUUUUAUAAAGACUGUGGUGAAGAUGAUGUGUGUGUGACAGACCUGGUUCUGAAAGCCCACAUGGAUAUCUCUGGAACACGGCAGCAGCCGUAUGUGAUUCGCAGUCCCCGCAGACGGUUAGCUGUGGAGGUUCAGCUUCAGAACCGACUGGAGAACGCUUACAACACCAGCCUCACCCUGCAGUACUCCAGAAACCUGCACUUCAGCAGCCUCAGCAUACGGGAGGAUGCCCAGUUUAAGAUGGAGUGCACGGCUCUGAGCUCCAGCUCUCACUCCUGUAACGUCAGUUACCCGGUGUUCCGCUCCCAGUCCAAGGUUAAUUUUAUGCUGGAGUUUGAGUUUAGUUGCACAUCACUUGUCAGUAAAGUCCAGAUGAAGCUAGUGGCAGCAAGUGACAGUGUUGAGCGGGAGAGCACUCUGUCUGAUAACACAGUUCAGUUACAGACUGUAGUUCAGUAUGAGCCGGAUCUCUUCAUCACAAGUGACUCCAAUCUGAACCGGUAUGAGGUCCAUCCCACCAGAACCUUGUCGGAGGGGACGGGACCAGAGUUCUACACACAUUUUAGGGUUCAGAAUCUGGGCUGUUACGUGGUGAAUAAUCUGGAGCUGAGUGUGAGUUUACCUGCUGUAGCUUCAGGAGACAGAGUCUUCUCCUCUGUGGUGGAAGCUUUCUCCCACAACGCGUCGGGUGUAAGCUGCAGUAUCAGGAAUGAUCUGGCAGAGCUGAAAGCUGCUCAGAGGGACGUGCGUCCGCUUCACCCUGAGGACAUGAAGAAGAACGAGAUACUGAACUGCAGCACAGCCUGGUGUAUGGAGGUUGUGUGUGAAAUUCAGCAGCUCCUGAAAGGACAGACGGCGUUUAUCCGCAUUACCAGAAGAGUCCACGACAACUUCUUCAGACAGGCUAAGUUUAAAGCUGUGAUGAUCGUGGGAUGGUAUCAGUUGUCUGCGAGGGAGUCCAGUCUGAUCACGCUGGGCAGUGCUGCCCUCUGGAGGGAGACGGUGCUGGAGGUGCUGAAGGGUCGAUCCAUUCCCAUCUCUCUCUGGAUCCUGAUUGGCAGCAUCAUCGGAGGCCUGCUUCUACUCGCCCUCAUCAUCUUUAUCUUGUGGAAGCUGGGCUUCUUUACAAGGAAGCAGAGGACAGACCAGGAUGAGAACCAUGAGGACUGAAAUUCCCCACCGGGGUUGACGGUUCUUCUGUGGAGAGCCGAGCUAGAACCUCCUAACUCCUCCUCGUCUUCCUCUGGGAGCAAAGCUCCUCCCUCAGCUGGACUCUUCCAGAGAACAGUGGGAGUGUGAUAGGAGAGAGAGCGGUGGUGAAUAGAGCCGGUCGUGUUCGGGACUCCGCCGGGUUUCCGACCGCCAUUAACCACCCUGCUGCAGCAGCGGCACCGCCAUCGUCCCGCCGUAUUUACUCCACAAUGAGGAGGAGGAGGAGGAGGAAGAUGAGGAGGGAAUAGAGACUCUGAUAUGCACUAUUCAUAAGUUCAUAUCCAGUAAACUUAAAAUUCACAUCAAUCAACUUUAUUUAUCUCUGAUCAGAUCCUGUUGUCUUUUUUUUACGGUUUGUAAAUCGUUUUGUAACAUUAAUAAAGUUUUAUAAAUCAUUCCUCACA